GAUACAACUGCAGCUUUAAGUACACGUCACCAGCAGACCAGGAAGCUACAGAUAGCAUAAAACAAGAUAAGUAGCGUUAUAUGAAACAUGCUUGAUGAUAGUGAAUUCGUAAAUCUACGAAAUAGAUUUAGAAAAGAUGCUGAAUUUCUUAUGCAAGGGGUUUCAGCGGGUGACCGCAACGAGAAGAGUCAAGAAGAAAAAGAUGUCAAACCACUUCCACGUAUCAACCGCCAUUCUGUCUUCUGGAUUGGGAUGUCUGCCGGGUUGACUUAUUACUUUGACUUCUUCCAGGUCAUCAUGGAGAACAAUGAUAUCAAAAGCUGGUGGUUCAAUGUUGGUGUGACCCUGCUGUUAAUAUGCCUGACUUUGGCCGCAUUUUGCAUUGUGUACCUGGAGUGGUUCCGGGGCAUAAAGCACUACGACCAGGAGUAUCCGGCCGUCGCCCCGGUAACCACGGCAGCCUUCAUAGCGGCAUCAAUCAGUUUUAAUAUAGCACUUUGGCCUGUGUGGUCCUUCAUUACCCCUGUCAUCCUCUUCACCCAGUUCAUGGGAGUUGUCAUGGCGAUAUCAAUGCUUGGGUGAAAUUUUAAGUAAUAAAGGCUCAACAAUGUGAAUGGCUCCACUUUGACUCACUAAUCUUAUUAAAUACAUAAUAUUCAGGAAUUAACCUUUUUUUUACAAGCAUAUUGUUCUGUUAAAUUACCAAAGCAUUGUGUUUGAUUAUUAUUAUUUUUUUUAAUCAGUUUUAUGCUAUUAACAGGGUCUUUCAAUUUGUAAAAUAUUUAACUUUUUGUAAAAUAAAUACAAAUGUUUGGCA